AUGGCCAACAUCGAGUCCGGCGUCAACGAGCCGUUUGACCUCAUCCGUCUCUCGCUCAGCGAGCGCGUCUACGUCAAGCUGCGCGGCGACCGAGAACUCAGGGGCACCCUCCAUGCAUACGACGGCCACAUGAAUUUGAUCAUGGGCGAUGUCGAGGAGACCAUCUACGUCGUCGACGUCGCAGAAGAGACGUCGCAGGAGACGGUCAGGAUCGUCAAGCGCAACAGCGAGAUGCUCUUCGUCCGCGGCGACAGCGUCAUCCUCGUCUCUCCGCCCGCCAGAAUAUAG